GUAAUCUCCAUUCACAGCCAACCAUCAUCCCCCUCACCUUAUCCACACUCUCAACCUCAUCCUUCUCAUACAAAGCUCUCCUUCCUUCCCUUCACUAAUCCUCCAUUCUUUCUCCUCAUUCUUAUCAACUCACUCUUUAACUUCAUCUUUUGCAAUGAUGGCCACAACUCUCCCUACAACUCUAAUCUCAUGCUCCACCAUCCUCAACUCUUCAAUGAAAACCAAGUCCAAAGUGUCCCACAUUGAAGGACUCAACUCCUUUGGAGGUCUUAAAGCUCAUAACAGCAUUGCCACCCUUGGCCUUCCUACUUGCACCAAUCACUCAUUUCACAAUAUUGUUACCUCUUUGAAGAAGACCAAGUCUCAGGGAAAGAAGACUGGUGGAGGAGCUCUCACCUCCACUUGCAAUGCCUCAGCCGAGAUAUUCAAGAUCGCCGCUAUCAUGAAUGGCCUCGUCCUCAUCGGUGUCGCUGUUGGCUUCAUUCUUCUCCGAAUUGAAGCUUGGGUGGAGGAAACUGAAGGAAACUGAAAACAGAAAAAACAGAAUAUGCAGUUUUAUCUAAUUUCUGUCUUUAUGCCAUUGCAUUCUUGUUCCUGCCAUUUCAUAUGUCUGUAUUGUUCCAUUGAGUUCCUAAAGGUAUUUCACAUAGAAAGAAUUCAAAGUAUGGAGCAUGAUUUCGAUGAUAAACUCGAUGAUCUUGGCAUUCA